AUGGAUACAAGAGAAAUCAAUGGUUCCGCCUCCGCCGCGAGAUCGAUAUCUCUUCCUAAGCAGCCCAAUUACAGUAGCAAACCUGUUCAGGAGGCAUUGAAGCAUUUGGCAUCUAUCAACCUCAGGGAGCUGUGUAACGAGGCGAAGAUUGAGCGUUGUCGUGCAACCAGAGACUUGACGAGCUGCGGGAGAUUUGUGCACUAUGUGUUAAAUCCCUGUGGACAUGCCUCCUUGUGCACAGAGUGUUGCCAGAGGUGUGAUGUUUGUCCAAUCUGUAGAAGCUCGCUGGCAAAAAUUGGAGAUAAGCUUCGGCUUCGUCUCUACUACGAGUGUGUUGAAGCUGGUCUGAUUUCUCGUACGCAUGAAGAGGCGGUGUCACAGGAUUCAGAUGAGGAUGAGCAUCAGUUGGCAGCUGAUGUUCAUCGCCUUUACUCUCUCUUUGAUGUUGCCAUGAACAACAAUUUGAUAUCUGUGGUUUGCCAUUAUAUCACGAAUGUCUGCAUGGACGAGACAGCUGUAUCGAGUGACCCGGUCAUUGCUUUCUUGCUGGAUGAAGUUGUUGUCAAAGAUUGGGUGAAGCGUACAUUCCGCAGCAUCUUAGCUGAGCUUCAAGAAAUCUAUAGUCUUGAAAGUAAAGAGAUGGGAGCGUGGUUAGAUAAACUCCUAAAGUGUUCGAAACAGGUGGCUGGCAUAUGUCGUGUGCUUGAAGUUAUGGAAUCAGCGUUUAAGGGCUCUGUUUCACCUCAGCUGCAAGACGUGCAGAAGCUUAGGGAGAACAUUGGGAAAACAAAGCAGCAUUUGGACAUAAUGGUCUGGUGCAUAAGACAUGAUUUUCUAGAGGAUGUGAGGUCUCGAUAUUCUAACUUCACGUCCUGGAAUGCUCUUGUACGUGAAAGGAAGUCAAAUGCAAUUAAGCGUGCAUGGCCUGAUGCCGUAGACCAGUCUUCAGAUUGCACUUUACAGGGUGCUUCCCUCUUUAUCGAGGAUGCUCUAGAAAAUCUGGAGAGAGAGCCAGACUACAGUCAGGAAAUAGGGGCAGACCUAGAAGUUGGAUGUUUGCAGAAGGAUGAGAGAUCAUUUCUGAGGUCCAAAAUAGAGGGAACUUCAGGAUCCUAUCCAUUUGAGAAUCUUAGAACUGCUGCUGACAUACUCUUUUUACAUGGAAGUUCAGAUUUGGUGGUCGCGAAGCAAGCAAUUUUUCUUUACUACCUGUUUGAUCGGCAUUGGACUACCCCUGACAAAUACUGGAAGCACAUUAUAGAUGAUUUUGCUGCUACCUUUGGCAUAACCAGGCAUUCAUUGCUGGAGUCUUUUGUAUUUUAUCUUCUCGAUGAUCACUCAGAGGAGGCACUCCAGGAAGCUUGUACGAUUCUUCCUGAAAUAUGUGGUCCAGAAACCUAUCCAAAGGUUGCGCAAGUCCUGUUAGAAAGGGAAAACCCGGAAACAGCUCUGAUGGUCUUGCGUUGGUCUGGUCGUGAUGGUCCAUCAGAAUUGGUUUCAAUUGGUGAAGCUGUCACAGCUGUUCGUGUGAGAAUGGAAUGUGGUCUCCUGAGUGAAGCAUUCACAUACCAAAGGACACUCUGCUUGAAAGUCAAGGAAGAUAAACUGAAAAAUGGAGCUGUGAUUCAUGUAGCUGAUGAUGUAGACAGCUGGAGUUGGACGGAAUGGAUGAAGAUACUUGUCAACGAAUUCUGCUGUCUUUCUAUUAGGAGAAACUUGGUUGAUCGAAUCAUUGAGUUGCCGUGGAACCCAGAUGAAGAGAAAUAUCUGCACAGAUGUUUAUUAGAUUCUGCAACUGAUGACCCCUCAUCAGCUGUGGGUAGUCUUUUGGUUGUCUUUUAUCUUCAGCGCUACCGUUACAUCCAGGCGUAUCAAGUCGAUCUUAAGCUCCAGAAGAUUGAAGAGGCUUUUGUUUCCGAAAAUCGUAUUGGGGAUGAAGUUAUGUCCAGAAUGCAAUCACAGAGUCAUUGGAGAAAAGAGUUAGUUGAUAAAGCCAUAGGCAUGCUUCCAGCAAUACAGCAGCAGCAGGUUAGAUCUGGACAAUUUUCUGAGAUGGAAGAUACCUCUGAAAAUGCUUCUGAAGCAGCAAGAAACGCUGAUCUUCCUGAUGCACAACACCCUGAGAUAAUUACGUCUUCAAAUCCCUUCUCUACUAGUUCCGUGUUUCUCCAACGGGCCAACAAUGCCGGUGCUAGAGAGCCUGUGGCUAACAAUGGCAGUCCUUUUCAACCCAGUUAUUUGAAGGGAAACGCUUCCGUUGAUACUUCCCAUGGAAGGUUGCUUACAACCACGAAUAGAGGACAAAAGAGCGAAGUUGGAAGCAUUACCAAGACUCUCAAAUUCGGUGAAGUGUCCACACCUUUUAAAGAUCUCAACAGAGCUCGUGGGAACAGCCAGCUCAAAGGAAAAAGGAGUGAAGAAAUAUCUCCAGAGGCAAACGUUGAUAGGUUCAUGGAGAAUGAUAUGAGCUCUCCUUAUCUUCGCCAGGUCACAGCUAAUAAUCCUGUAACAAUGAGAUCUAGCAGCAACUUUGUCAAUGGAUCUGCAAAGAAACCGGAAUCCACUUUCUUUGGCACAAGGAUGCAAGCAGAUAGAGAAGUCAAGUCCCAUAACUUUGUCGACUUGGAUGAUCCUAUGGACAUGUCUUCAAGCUUGAAGGACAACAACAACGUCUUGGCCAAUGAGAGCAGAAACAACAGUGGCGGAUUAAGGUGGCGGUCAGAUGAAACAAGCGAUGAGGAAGUUGAACCGAAGUGGGAUAUGGAACCGAUUAGUUCCGGUUCCGUGCCGGUUAAGGGAAGGAGGAUACGUAGAUUCGCUGCAAGAUGA